CCACAACCGCCAUUCAAGGCCCAAGGCCCGUGGACGGCGCGUGAUCAUUAUGGUUUAUGUUCCUGCAUCGUAUGAGCAGCCAGAGAGCAGCGCCCAGAGCCCAUUGCUACCUCAGACUCCCCCAUUGACCUUCCAUUCCCAAUUCCCUUUCCAUUGUCGUGCCAUCUCUACUAUCUGCACUGCGUGUUUUGUCUAGAACCACUGGAACCACCAACCACUGCUGCUAAUGCAUGCCCAUUGAUCGUCUGCGCGCCGUCUUGUUGCAAGCAGCCUUUCGCUAGAGCGUGCUUCCACUUUCUCUUCUCUUCUCUUCUCUUCUACCUCAUCCAUCCACCACGCCGUUGAGUCGCCGGCGCCUGCGGCUGCAUCGAGUGUGCAGUUGCGUUUAUGUCUCCUUCUCUUGACGUGCCCGACCAUAUUGUCCACCUCGGGCCCGCCCGUCCUCUUCGACUGGAUAUAAUCCCACCGUUCCCGUCUUCAGGGUCCAGAAAGCUGACAUUUGGAGCUACCUCUGCUGCGGCCCUCAUCCCGCCCACUUGAAAGUCCCCAACUUCUUCGUCGAUAACGACAACUACAGCGACGGCCACAUCAACAUCGAGCCCUCCCUUCAGUCCACGAUCUGCCUGUAACCCAAACAAGCCGUUGCCAUCUCCCCCGCCACCAGGUUCCGAGGAAGCCGCCAAGACGCCUCCGAAGAAGCCAACGCUGAAGCUAGCACGCAUCAUGUCAACCCUUACCGACUCGGAGCUCGAGAAGCUCUUCUCAGGGGCCCCGCAGUACUUCGCCCGCUCCGAGGGCCCCAACACAGGCGCGCCCAACCCUAGCGUUGCCUUUCCCUGGGACGAAAGCCUGGUCAUCCGCGACCUUACCGACCACACCCAGAUAGAGGAUGAGGCAUGGGGUUGCACCACGGCCUUGCCGCACAUCACCUGCAGCCCCCGCAGGCCCGGGAGUAGCGGCAGCAGUGGCAGCAGCUGCAAGGCCAAGCGUGCUCACUUCUACCCCAAGUGCCACGAACGCCCCAACAUGCUCAGUAUGCACGGCCUGGAGAAAGGCACCGUUGGCUUCUCUGCCGCCAUGGAGCUUGGCGUAUCCGAUGCUCUUCAGGAGGAGCAGUUUGGCUUCGACCCCUCGGGCCACCGCGCCAAUGCCAUCAUCGAGGCGCGCCAGAGGAUGCUGACGUCCAAGGAUGGGCUACGCCACAUGGAGGAGAGUGCCAUAAUGGAGCAGCUGAUCAAGAAUGGCCAUAGAUAUGUGACCAACAACAUCCAAGACAAUACCCUGUCGACUGCUCUCUACAACGAGCUCUUUCUGCACAUCCUCCACCCGCCCACUCGGGUUCUUGACCACAGCGACCCCUACAGCCUCUCGGUUCAGAUCCAUGCCCUCCUCAAGGUUCUGGGCACUCCCAAUGUUUGGGUCGACUUUUCCCACGUUGAAUGGCGCAUCCGCCUUGGCCAGAUCCUCUGGGGCUCUUCUGCCGACUCAUCCGAGCCUGAAGAUGAUGUGGAGGAUAUCAGCCCCGACACUCCAGCGGCCCCUACUGGCGCCGAGGCCCGCUCUGAGGAGCGUUACUGGCUGUUGCUCCAGAUCCUCCUGGCGUGUGAGCUUUGGAUUCGCCUGGACGCCAUCGUUGAGGCCGACGACGCGGGUGUUGGUCACAUAAAGCCGCGCGAGAUUUACCGCUUCCAGCAGGAGGCGACGCCCUCGGUCAAAUGGUCCAUGUUGAUGGCCCGCGCAUGGCUCGAAAACAUCGAGAUCACGAAGGCCGAGCUGCCCAAGCUUGGCGUGGAUCUGGAUGGCCAUCAGCCGACGGGUUGGUUGGCGACACUGACGAAGCGUAUGUCGUUGACCAGCGAUCACCACAGCGGCGGGGCCGGUGGCAGCACGCAAGGCUCUCGGCCCACGUCUAGCCGCCUGGUCGACGACCAGCCCGCCUAUUUGAUGAAGGGAAAACACGGGCAGCGGCAGGUCGACGGGCUGACGCACUUUGCGCGCCGCCUGAAGUGGCCCGACAUCGAGUCGUACGAGAACCGCAUCUCGACCAAUAUCCGCGCCGUUGCCAACGGCACCACUCCCCUCAACUCCCCUCCUGCCAGCCCCUUGCCCACCACUGAAGCCCGCCGGUCAUCUUAUUUUGGUGGCACCUCGGGAAUCUUUGCCAAGCACCUGGGCAGCGCACACGCCAGCACCACCAACGGUGACGCCGGCGGUGCCACCAAAGUGACCCACAUUGCCGACCAGAUCCGGCGCCGGCCAUCCAAGCGGCGUAAAAUCUCGGCAGCACUGCACCCCUCAGGAUGGCUCUCCAAGAGCUAUGUGUCGGGCUUCAUGCUUCCUGGCGAGGGCCUUAGUCACUUUAUCAUGUCGACACUGCUCGAGAACGACGCCGAGGCGAUGCGCCGCCUGGGCCCCGUGGCCAACCUCUGUGGUGGCUUCGUUUACUGCCAGAAGAGCUUCUGGAGCACAGCAUGCAUUGUGGGCCGUGUCGUGGCGGCCGGCAAGGGUGCCGUCGAGUGCAUGGGUUGGAUCUCGAGUGAUGUCACACCCCAAGGAUUGGGUGACGGUUGGCUAAAUAUCGAGGUGGCCGAACCGCAGGGCGAGUCGGCUCGCACGGGGAAGCAGGCGAGAAUCUGGGGUAAGCUCGCCGUUGAGAAGCAGUCUUCAGUACUUGGGGAUGCCGAUCCGGACUCGGUAUUUCCGGCCGACUUCAUCAUCCCCUUCGAGAACAUCUACAAGGCAUCACAGCCUCCCUCGCUGUACAUCGAACUGAAGUCCCUGAAGCUUUUUGCGCCGGUCGACUCGGUACACACGACGCCGACCGGGUCACUGCCUCAGAGUCCCAUAUCCGAUGGUACUCCUGCCACCAUGGACACCGCCGCCACCAGCGCGGCGCCUGAAAUCCACACGUACCCCGCGGCUGUGACCUUUUCGGUCGCAGAGGAUUACGAUGAUGGCGACAUGGACGUUGAGAAGGAGUACACGUUUUGCCUGUCUCACGACGUCUACUUCGUGACGGCGCACCCGUGUGUACCGUCACAGCACGUCCGGAUCUUGAAGUCGCCCUCAAGUCCCACAAUUCAGCAGAUCGACCUCGACAGCGGGAGCACCAGCAGCGGCAGCAGCAUGAGCGGGUUCGGCAGCAAGCCGUCUAGCAGUGCCAACAUCACAUGCCACCCGCUGCACAAAUACUACACGUACACGGCCAUUCACCUCUCGGAGCUCCUGGCCCGGCGAGACUCGACGCUUGAAGAGCUCCUGAACGAGCCGGGAGCUAGCGCGCACCGCCGGCCAUCAAUCACUCCUGGCCCGCAUGCCAACAAGCCGCCGCGUGUGCUUGUGGUGGACUGCAUCACGGGGUUCUUGCCCCAGCCGCAGGCACAUGAGAUUCCACUGUCGCCCGUCGUGAGUCGCACGAGCUCCAUGAACAUCAACUGGCCGCAGCCACAGCAGCAGUCCCAGGUGUCGCCUCCUUCCUCUCCGCGCCGUACAGGAGGAUAUGCCGCGGGUGGUAGCAAUGGUACCGACGACCCAUCUUCGCCAUCAACGGCCCAAAAGAUGCACUCGGAAUCGCGGCGCCGCCAGUUCGGGUCCGACAUGGAGAUUCUUGUCAGAGCCAUCUGCGCCGAGAAGGGGUGGGACGCGCUCAUCAGCCGCCGCAGGAGAGGCUGCCUCUCAUGUGCCAUCCGAGAAGCUGGCGCCCUCGGGUGGAAGGUCAUCAUCCGAGUGGACUGAAUGACUUUCCAUGGCCACCUCUUGAUGCGCUUUCACUCAUGCCCUUCUCUUCUCAUGCCUUGAUUUAUCACACUAUUUUCAUGUGCAUCUAUCACUAUCUACCCAUUCCCUUUGCGUUCCUAGUUGCGAGGGCAAAAAGUUGAUGAGCGAGGCGUUUCGACUAUAGUGGGUUUUCAUCUGCCCCGUUCCGCCUGCUUCUUUUAUCCUUCUCUUUUGUUUUUCUCGGUGUAUCGAUUACCACUCUUUUUAUGACUGAUGGAUGCCUAUGGAACUGGACCUUUUAUCACUAUCUCUUCUAUUGUAAUACACCUUGCUUGGGAUACCAAACGCUUGCCCACAAAUGUAUCUGCGGCUCUGUGUCGGACUGAGCGUUGAAGAGCAAAAAAGAGCAAAAAAGAGCAAAAAAAGAGCAAAAAAGAGCAAAAAAAGAGCAAAAAAGAGCAAAAAAAGAGCAAGA